AUGAUUUAUUUAACAAAAAUUUGUUUAGAUGGUCUUAUUGAUUGUCUUGACCCUGAUUGUUGUUCAUCAAAUCGAUGUCAAUCAACUAUAGAAUGUAUUUCAAGAACAACUGCUAAAGACAUAUUAUUAAGACGUCAAGCACCGAGUCCAUCCGCUUCAUUUUUUGAACGUAUGCAAUUUUUAAUUCAAGAAGAUGGAUUACAAACAUCAUCAAUUUAUACAUCAUUUAAUGAGCGACGAGCAUCAGUUAUGCGUGGUCAAAUAUUUUAUAAAAAAUUUCUUCCACUUAAUGGUGUUAAAGUUCAAGUAUUUAAUAAUCCAAAUCAAGGUUAUACAAUAUCAGAUAAAGAUGGAUUUUUUAAUUUAUUAAUUAAUGGUGGUGGUUCAGUACUUAUUCAAUUUAUUCGACAACCAUUUCAAACAAAACAAUAUGCAUUUAUUGUUCCAUGGAAUACAUUUCUUCAUAUUGGUUAUGUUUAUAUGGAUGAAAUUAUUGAAAAUAAUAUUUGUCAUAGAAAUCUUUCGGAAACAAUUCAACCAAAACUAUGGGAUACUAGUCUUGAUAGAAGUUUUAUAACAAAUAAUAAAUUUGACUAUGCAUAUACAUUAGGUUCACAAAUAAUUCGUCAAUCAAUAUCAAUUGAUAAAAAUGAUUUACCUAUAAAAUUUAUUUAUUUAAGUUCAUCAAGUACAAGACGUUAUCAAUCAAUAUUAACAAUUGUAUUAACAGGAAAUCAUAUUGAUGAUGAUUUAAUACAAUUACAUUUAAGUAUAAGCAUUGAAGGAACUUUUUUUAUGAAAAAAUUUCAUGCAGAUACAAAUUUAAUUUAUGAAUAUGAAUGGCCAAGAAGAAAUGCUUAUGAUCAAAAUGUACAUGGCUUAGCUGAAGCUAUUGUUUCAAUUGGGUAUGAAUAUAUGAAUUGUAAUCAAAUUGAUUGGUAUCGAAAAUCAGUAAAAAUAACUGGACAAGAUAUUCCAACAGCAAAUAUUGGUGGAUGGACAUUUAAUGUUCAUCAUAAAUUAAAUAUUCAAGCAGGUGAUGGAACAAAUAUGUUACUUACAGAUUCACCUCUUCAAUUCUCAACAUUAAUUGGUGUUCGUGAUCAAUCACGUUCAAUUGAUUGUCGAAAUUGUUAUGAAAAUCAAGCAUUAUUAACUAAAUUACUUAAUCCAACAAGUUUAACUGUUAGUAAUGAUGGUACAAUAUAUAUUGGUGAUUUAAAUAUAAUAUGGAUGUACCGAUCAGCAACUAAUCUUGUUAAACCUGUACUUGAAUUAAAUGAACAGUAUACAUAUAAAUAUUAUUUAACAACAGAUCCUGUUGAUGGUCGUUUAUAUAUAUCAGAUUAUUAUCGUCGACAAAUAAUACGUUUAAUAAAAACAGAUUCGAUUGAGAAUUUAAAACAAAAUUAUGAAAUUGUUGUUGGUGAUGGUCAUUAUUGUGCAUUAGAUUUAAUUCAAAAUAUAACAUGCGGUGAUGAACAAUUAGCAAAACAUGUUUCAUUAUCAUAUCCAAAAGGUUUAACCAUUGAUCGUUAUGGAACAAUUUAUUUUAUUGAUGGACAACGUAUUAGAAAAUUAAGUAUUGAUAAUAGUCAUGUGACAAAUCUUGUUGGAUCAUAUGAAUAUCAAAUUGAUUAUCAUAAACAAUUAUCAUGCAAUCGAACUUAUUCACUUGAUCAGUUUAAACUUUAUAAUCCAACAACAUUACAUAUUCAUCCACUUGAUGGUGAUUUAUAUGUACUUGAUGAUAUGUAUUUAUAUCGUAUACGAAUAAAUUUUAAUCUUGUUGAAAUAGUUCUUGGUCAAUCAUUAAAUUGUUUAAAUAAUGAAAAUUUUAUUCAAUUAAAUAAUCCAAUUGAUUUUUCAUUUAAUUAUCAAGGUGAUUUAUUUCUAUUAGAAAAAUUUAAACCAUUUAUACGUGUAUUACGUUCAUCAAAUAAUGAAUUAGAAAAUUUAAAUCUUAAUUUAAAUAAUAUUAAAAUAAAUUUUGCAUCAAUUAUUAAUUAUCCUGAUGGUUCAGUUAUUUUAACAAAUAUACCUUCAAAAGAAAUAUUUAAAUUAAAAUCAAUAUCAUUAACAAAUGAAGAUGAACAAAAUUAUGGUUUAAAUAUUCAUUCAACAGAUAAAAAUGAAAUUUAUGUUUUUAAUAGAGUUGGACAACAUCGAGCAACUAUUGAUGCAUUGACAGGUGAAACAAUCUUUAAUUUUACAUAUGAUUCUCCUCAAAACGCCUAUGGUAAAUUAGAAUCUAUAAAUUAUCGCAAUGGUAAAAGUUUAUUAUUAAAAUAUGAUUAUGCUAUGCGUAUAAAUGAUAUUAUUCAAAUGCCAAGUGGCAAUAAAUUAAAAAUUAAUUUUUCUAAACAAAAAUUUUUCUCACAUAUUAUUGAUGAUAAUGGUUUAUCAACACAAUUUUUAUAUGAUAAUGGAUUAUUAACAGGAAUAAUUAAAAAUAAUAUAAUUAGAAAUCAUUUUAUUUAUAAUAAAGCUGGACAUAUUCAACAAAUUAUUCAUGAAGAUGGUUAUUACAAUGAAUUACUCACAUCAGCUAAUCAUUCAUUUUAUCGAAUAGAUAUCAUUAAUCCAAAUGAAAAUACAACUUAUUUAAUGAGUAAAUCAAAAACAAUCCAAUUAAAAAAUAAUCAACCACGAUUAGUUCGUCGAGAUUUGUCAAAUUCUACAAUAGUGAUUUCGACCUUGGAUCCAUCAGUAAAAUUAAUUUCAAGUUCAAAUCGUUCCUUAACUUUAAAAAAUCGUCAUCAAACGAUUGAAUUUAAUUCGAUAUUUCAAUUUUCAAAUUCAUUAAUUUAUUCAGUUUUACCUUAUGAUAAUGAACAAAUACGUUCUUGUCAUUUAAAGAUUAAUAAUAAUAUUGUUUUAACAAUGUUAUUUGAUCAUUUUGAAAAAAAAUUAAUUAUACAAGAUUAUAAACAAAAUGAAAUUUUAACAAUGAUCUAUUCAGAUAAGUAUCGUUUAAAAUCAAUAAAUACACGAGGAUUUUUACCGAUAACUUAUACAUAUAAAGAUAAUGAUCAAAAAUUAUCCAGUUGGAAAAUUGGUUCCUAUUAUGAAGAAUUUUUAUAUGAUACACGUGGACGUUUAAUUGAAAUACAACGUUUUAAUGAUCUUGCAUCAAUUAAAUAUAGUUAUGGUCAUGGAGAACAAGUAAGUUUAAUUAUUUAA